CAGCGAACAGCGAACGAACACGAAUUUUAUGACGCUUAUUAUGACAGCGAAUGGAAUAUCUCCUUGAAAAACAUAAAUAAAUGGCCACCGUUGUUAUUACGUUCUUCCUAUUAGCUCGAUUCUAUGUUUGUAAAAUGGACGCCGACUAUCAAGAGAGUCCGAGGGAUCGCACUACGUCCCGUCGAGAAAAACGGUGGAGCAUGAAUUCACAACGGCUGGAGGAAAUCGUGGCGGAACUGAUGAAGCCCAUCAGCGACAUCCGCCGCAGCUUCGACACGGAUCUCAGCGCGUUGUUGGAGGAAUACCUGACGGAGGCGGGUCUGCACGCGCUGGAGGCGGGGGAGGAUGGCGAGGAGGGCGGCGCGUCACCCAUCGGCGUCGCGCCUAAUUACGCCGAGCUGGCGCUACUGCUGCAGCACUCGGCCUGUCUCUACGGUCGCAAGGUGGACUUCCUCUACCAGCACGUGCUCAACGUCAGCGACUCUUUGCAGAAUGGCACUCAGGAGGAGGCGGGUCGCGAGCCAGGCGCUGCGGAGUCGCCGGAGGCGGGCGGCGGGUCGGCGGCGGCGCGGCGGCGGCGGCGGGCCUCGGGGCCGGCGGGGCUGGCGGGCCGGUUCGGGCGCGUGGCGCUGGAGCCGAGCGCGGCGGCCCGGCGCGAGCCCGCGGCGCCGCGCCCGCCGCCCACGCUGCCGCGCAUGUACAUCGAGCUGGAGCCGCGCGUGCUGGCCGACGGCGACGCGCCCUUGCACGACUACGCCGGCGAGCCCAUCGGACUGCCCUCCGACUUCCACGUCAUUUGGAGACUGCAGGAUGGUUACCUCGUUGACGAGCUGGAAGGGCCUCGGUCAUCGAGCGAGUCUAUUUUGAACCCGAUAUCGUUGGUGGAGCUGCAGGCCGCUAUAGAGGCGGCGGCGCCCCCGUCCCCGCCGCCGCUGCCGUCGCCGCUGCGGGAGCGCUCGCCGUCGCCGGACGCGCAUGCGCCGCCGCUGCACGCCAGCACGCCGCUGCCGGACCGCACGCCCUCGCCGCUCAAGAGACAAAGGAAGAGAAGAAGCGACGUCAAAAUCGACGAAAUUGUAGGCGGCAGGAUCAAAAUUUUAAUCAGUAAAGAGUUAAAGCGGCAGCUGCGAUGCGUGCAAGAGUUCAGCAUCGAGAGUAAAUGGAUCUCGGACGUGGUGGAGCGGCGCAAGAGCCGCAUCCUUGCCGAGCGCAGGCGCCUGCGAGCACACCACCCGCGGCCCCCCAACACUGCCUUCCGCGGAUUCGAUGAUUCGGACGCGGACAUCGGAGGGUUCCUCGGUUGGAGCAGCUCGGAGGCGGCGCUGGCGGCGGCGGAGGGCGCGACGGCGGCGGUGGCGGCGCGCGAGCCCGACAGCGACGACGACGGGUUCUUCGAGCAGAGCUCCCUCGGGGACUCCGACCACUCGCGCGUCGAGGACCUGUCCGUCAACACCUCCGCCAACAGCGAGUGGGCGGCGGCGGGUGGUGCGGGCGGCGCGGGGGGCGCGGGCGGCGCGCGCGCGCUGCACGUGCGGGCGCUGGCGCGCGACGUGCUGGCGGCGUGUCCCGCGAGCGGCGCCGCGCCCUUCACCGCCGUGCUGGACGCCACCGUCAAGCACCAGACAGACGUGUCGCGCAUCCUGCUCGCGACGCUGUUCCUGGCCAACGCGGGCAACGUGGAGAUCCUGCCGGGCGCGCCGCUCUCCACCGGCACCUUCUCCGUGCGCCUGCUCUCCACGGACGAGCGGCUGUACUGCGCCACGGCACGGGAACACUUCCAACGGUAGACGCGUCGCUCCUGCACUCCUACUGACUAUGUGAUACUCGUUCUCAUAUUAAACGUGAUAGAUAACACGAGAGUUAUGAGUGUAUUCACAAGCCCGGGUGACAAUAAAGUUGGUGUUCACAAAAGCAGCUUUGCUGGAAAACUUGUUAACUGCAAAUACCAAACAUGGACACACAAGGACUAAACUCUUGGGUUUGCUGAGCAUUAUCUAACAUAAAUUCAUAUCAUAUGUGAUGUGACUUGAAUUGACUAAUUCUGGUGGAAAUAAUACUAGCAAUGAGAAUUGUACGACGCUAGUCUGAUUAUGUAUGUUCAUGUGGCCAAUGUUUUUUACUUUUUCUUUCUGCAUGAUCAUUGUUGUUGUAUGUAGAAAAAGUUUAGCCAAACUGAGUGCAAUCAACGCGUGACUGUUUGUAUGUGCGUGAGGGUGUGGUUGUAUACUUGAGACGGUGCUAUAGCCUGUUAGACGGUUAAGUUAGGACACUUACAAGUAUCAAAAGAGGCUGUCCAGGGACAAAGUGUGUGUAUUGAAAAUAUUUUAUAUAACGUAAUUUUAUCACAGCCAGCCUCACUGAAUUGGAUGAAGGCUCAGCCAUUGCAUUUAAUGGCAUAAGACAGCAUUAGGACUGUGAUCUCUCCACUGUAUGAUGUAAAUAUUUCCAGUGCAUCAUGUAACCGCGUAGGUAAAUCGCGCCUUCACAAUAGGUAAAGUGCGUGAGCGGGACGGUGAGACAUUUACCAGUAUUAUUAAUGUAAUACAUAUCAGACAUGCUCGAACUUAUCGCGACUAUAUUUCUUUACUAAAAUCCAUUUUUAAUGAAGCUAUUUUUUUUAAAUCGGGUUGGAUCAUUUUUUUAAAUAACUUUUACUAAAUCAAUUUAAAUUACCAAAAUAUAAAAUAAUAUUUGUAAAUAAUUUGUAAAUAUAGAAGUAAGAUGUAGACAUGUUUUAUGUCGUCAUAAGUAAUGUUAGUUGGAUUUGUGAUGUAACGAUAGUCCUGUACAUAGUGUAUAAGGCCAAUUCCCAAAAGACGGGUGUCCGCGGCGGUGGACGGCGGCGGCCGGCACGCUAGUAUAUCUAUAGUCACAUUCCAUGCUAUUGGCCGUAUUCUCCGUGGUGCACUCUAGUGAAUUUUGUACGUACGAACCAAUCUUGUCAGACGUCGAUAUCUUUGCAGCCUAAAGGCAGUCACGAGGCAGUGUCGCGAGUGUUUGUGUCGGUGAAAUGUUAAUGUUCAUGUUAUACAUGUCGGCCUCGGCUGUACUCGUGUUAUUAUGUUUUAUGUAAGUUUAAACUAAUAAAAUUACCACUAACUUUGGAUACAAAGUGUACCGUCCUCUUUACCAAAGUACGAACUAGCUGCGAACUGCAGGUCAUUUGGUGUUAAUCAAAAUUUAUACUAUACUACGAUGUACAAAUUUUUAUAUCACUAUCUAAGAAAUAUAUGUAUAUAUAAUGUAAUUUACCAGUAACACACAUUAUAUUUAAUUAACGGUGUUAAUUUAACAUACCUUUUAACUUGAACUAUUAAAUUUAUUAGUAGCACACAGGCUCCUCUAUGUCCGAAAAAGCCUGGAAGCUGUUUCCUUGAUAAAUACUUUAAGUAUAAUAUAGAUAAUAUAUUUCACGCGAAGUUACACAUACUAGGUGUUUUAAAUAAAAAUGUAUGUCCUUGUCUGUCAAAUGGUAUGACACAAAGUAUUAUGUAGUGUGGGGCGCAGGCGUCGCUUCACUCGUGUGUCAUUCAUAUUCUCCAUUCGAAUAUACAUCACCCGGCCGAGGUCGUAUCAACAAUUUGGUGCCGCCUUCGAUUUUUUCAUGUCCGAUCAGUAAGGCAGGAGUUAUAUAUUUUGUAAGUUUUAUUUCUAUAAACUUAGUAAACACAUUUUUAUUAAAUUAAAUACAAUAGCAUACAUUAGUUGUGUGUUGCGAUAACUAUGUACAUACAAUCUACUACAACUAAGUUCUUUGCUGUUUAUGUUAGUCUUUGGUUCGUAAGUAAAUGUUAUAAUGUUGCAACCGUAAAACAACACUACACAUCCCACUAUUGUAUUAAGUAAUAAUGUUUGAAUGAUAAAUUUUUAAAAAUAAUCAAAGUGAAUAUUUUGUAACUUAAAAUUUUGUAAAUAUAAAAAUAAUUACGAAAUAGGCUUAUAAGAUAUAUAAGUGGGUUGUAAAUUUGUAUGUAGUUGAAAUUGUGGAAUGUUUAACUUUUUAUAUCUGUGCCUUAUUGUGUACAACAAAUAAGUGCCGUGUCCACUGUCGGCGGCCCCGCGCAUGCGCCGGCGCCGCGUGUAGUGUAAUAUAGGCGCAAGUACGCGCUCGCUAUGAGCUGCGCGUAUUGCACAUUCGUGUGUCAAAUUAUCGACUCGGGCAGCUGUCCUGGACAUUGUAAUAAAUAACAAAAUUGUAGAAAAUGUAUGUAAAGCCCGUUUGGCGGUAAAUCUUAAUAAUUGUUAAUUGACAUAAUUAAAACAUGUGCGUUA